CAAUUAGAACAUCGUUCGCCGACGUUCCUGAUUUGGUUUCCAUGUGUUACCGACGUCGUCCUUAAGACAUUCACCCUUCGCUGGCCACCAUUUUUAGCUCUUCUUGGCGUCGUCAGCCCGUUCGACCCUCGCUUCCCGGCCAUCCGAGUAAUUGGAGUGAAGAUAAUUUUUUCGAAUAGAACAUUUUCAUGGGGAAGAGAAAGUCAACAGCGAAGCCUCCUCCUAAGAAACGAAUGGACAAGCUUGACACGGUCUUUUGCUGCCCUUUCUGCAACCAUGGAAGUAGUGUCGAGUGUCGCAUUGACAUGAAGAACUUGAUCGGGGAGGCUUCAUGCAGGAUUUGUCUGGAAAGUUUCAGCACUACUGUCAACGCACUGACGGAGCCUAUUGACAUAUACAGCGAAUGGAUAGAUGAAUGCGAAAGGGUCAACAAUCCUGAAGAUGAUGGUGCAUGAACAUUUCUGCCUGGUGGAUCAUGGGUCGAGCCUAUAUAUGUUGUGAUGAUCCUUAAUGUUGUAGAAUAAAAUAUGUUCCUAUGGAGUAUGUCGAACGGUGUGAUAUUGUUAAUUUAUACUCUACGGGUACAUUGCAUGGUUUGGCUACUUGCUAUGUAAUAAAUUGUUAUUUGCUUCGAAACUGUAA